AUGGGUUAUAUAUACAAAUACAUGGCAUGCUAUACAAAAUCCCCAAUUUACCAUCUUGGCAGCUCUAUGUCCCUCUAUUUGUUUUAAGCAACAAAACCCGAGCCAUCGUGUACUCUCGGUCUCUCCUGGCCCAUGAUUUCCCUGGGUUGAUCCACAAGUCCAUUUACUUCACCGCCGAGCCUUUCAUAACAGACUUGAAGAAGAAUCGGUGGUGUCCCUUUUUGAGGCAUGGCAAGAAUGGCGAAGGGCUGCUGAGAGAGGGGUUUCCGAAGGGGUUCUUGUUCGGUACGGCCACUUCAGCGUAUCAAGUGGAAGGCAUGGCUCACAAGGACGGCCGAGGUCCAAGCAUCUGGGAUGCCUUCAUUAAAAUUCCCGGAAUUAUAGAGGAUAAUUCUACUGCAGAUGUUGCUGUUGACCAAUAUCACCGUUACCAGGAAGAUAUUGAUCUCAUGGCAAACCUGAACUUCGAUGCCUACCGCUUCUCAAUUUCUUGGUCCAGGAUAUUCCCAAAUGGAACUGGGAAGGUAAAUGAAAAGGGAGUUGCUUACUACAACAGGUUGAUCAACUACAUGCUCGCAAAAGGCAUUACUCCUUAUGCGAAUCUUCAUCACUAUGAUCUUCCUCAAGCACUGCAUGAUAGGUACCUGGGAUGGUUGAACCCUCAAGUAGUGAAGGACUAUGCGGAUUAUGCAGAUUUCUGCUUCAAAACAUUUGGAGACAGAGUGAAGAACUGGUUUACAUUUAAUGAACCAAGAUGUAUGGCUGCACUUGGGUAUGACAACGGCAUCCAUGCCCCCGGAAGAUGCUCCAAAUCAUAUGGAAACUGCAGUGCUGGAGAUUCUGCAACUGAGCCAUACAUUGCGGCUCAUCAUUUGAUCUUAAGUCAUGCAGCUGCAGUUCAGAGAUAUCGCAACAAGUAUCAAAAAGAACAGAAAGGAAAGAUUGGCAUUCUCUUGGACUUUGUGUUUUAUGAACCUCUCACAAAUUCAAAGGAAGACAAUGAUGCAGCUCAGAGAGCCAGAGAUUUUCAUUUGGGAUGGUUUCUUGAUCCCAUUGUAUUUGGUAAGUAUCCAAGAACAAUGCAAGAAAUUGUUGGAAAUAGACUGCCCAAGUUCAGAGUAGAAGAUGUUAAGAUGGUAAAGGGUUCAUUUGAUUAUGUUGGUAUCAAUGAAUAUACUACUUUUUAUAUGGAGAAUCCAAAGAAUCCAACCAAAGCAAAAGAGCUGGGCUACCAACAAGACUGGAAUGUUGGAUUUGCUUAUGAACGUAACGGAGUGCCAAUUGGUCCAAAGGCAAAUUCUGGUUGGCUUUACAUUGUACCUUGGGGAAUGUACAAAGCAGUGAUGUACGUUAAAGAACACUAUCAAAACCCUACCAUUAUUUUGGCGGAAAAUGGUAUGGAUGAUCCCGGUAAUGUGACCCUCCCUAAGGGUUUGGAUGACAAGACAAGGAUGAAUUACUACAAGGACUAUUUGAAUGAACUGAAGAAGGCAGUUGAUGAAGGAGCAAAUGUGAUUGGAUACUUUGCGUGGUCAUUGCUUGACAACUUCGAAUGGAAAGCGGGGUACACUUCAAGAUUUGGCAUUGUGUAUGUCGAUUACACAACCCUCAAAAGGUACCCCAAGCAAUCUGCCUAUUGGUUCCAGAAAGCACUUCGCCGGAACAAGUAUUAGGCAUUAUGUUAUAGUCCGGGAUCAUGUGGUCUCGGCCAAUCUAUUUGGGACUUGUAUGAUAUUGGAACGCUUGUCUAAGUUCUGCAGGCCACCUACACGAAAAGAACCAGGCGGAACAAAAUGGUAUUGGUGUCAAAUCCACCGGGAGUCCAUGAUCAAUGCAAUAUUUCUGGACCUAUCAAAUUAUCAAUGCUAUUUAAUGUUAAUUUAUUUACUAA